AUGAGACUCUUUGCUUCUUCAAUAGUCGCACUUACAGUUGUAGCUACUGUUACUGCUCAAAAUGCAGGGAAUGUGAAACAAAACUAUCACCUACCAAUGUCAAUCCAAGUUUGCAGCCAAAAUGGAUCUUGCCAAUAUUAAAAUUAGGCAAUUACCAUGGAUGCUAACUGGAGAUGGGCUCAUAACAUCGGCGGAUAUGAUCAAUGUGGAAAAGACACUCAGUAUUGCCCCGAUGAAAAGACCUGCGCUAAAAACUGCGCCUUGGAGGGAGUUGAGCAGAAUGACUGGUCCAACACCUAUGGUGUAAGGCCUGUUAGUAAUGGAAUUGAGAUGCAAUUUGUCGUAGGAAAUAAUGUCGGCUCUAGAACUUAUUUACUAAACGGAGACAAUUAUUAUAUGUUCAAGCUAAAGAAUAGAGAAUUCUCUGUUGAUAUUGAUGUAUCUUAAUUGCCUUGUGGUGUCAACGGAGCUCUCUAUUUCGUUGAGAUGGAAGAAGACGGAGGCCUGAAGCAUCCAGGAAACAAAGCUGGUCCAAAGUUUGGAACUGGAUAUUGUGACGCCUAGUGUCCUCAUGAUAUCAAGUGGAUCCAGGGUGAAGCUAACUUUGGCACAUACGGAUCAUGCUGCUCUGAGAUGGAUAUUUGGGAAGCCAACAGUUUCGCGAAUGCCUACACUCCACAUACUUGCUAAACAGUUGGACCCAAGAGAUGUACAGGAGCUGAGUGCGGAGAUGGCUCUGAUAGAAAUGCUGGACUUUGUGACAAAGAUGGCUGUGACAUCAACCCAUUCAGAGUUGGACUUCAUGAUUUCUAUGGCCCAGGCUCUCAAUAUCAAAUUGACACAACAAAGCCAUUCACUGUUGCAACUUCAUUCGUUACUCAUGAUGGAACUGAUUCAGGCGACUUGAGUGAAAUCAGAAGAUACUUCGUCCAAAAUGGCAAAAAGAUUACCAUUCCAAACUCCUCAUUCCAAGGUCUGAGUGGAUAUAAAUCAGACAUUACAGAUGAUUACUGUGCUGCUGCUAGUGCUGUUUUCAACGGUCCUAACACCUUCAAGUCAAAGGGAGGUAUGAAGCAAAUGGGAGAUUCCCUCGGCAGAGGAGUCGUUCUUGUAAUGAGUAUUUGGGAUGAUUUCACAUCUCAUAUGCUUUGGCUUGAUAGUGAUGCACCUCUAGAUGCUGACAACACCAAGCCAGGAGUCAAGAGAGGACCUUGUUCCAGAGAUAGCGGAAACCCUAACGAUAUCAGAUCUAGAUACGGCUCAGCAACUGUUAAGUACUACAAUGUUAAAGUUGGCCCAAUCUCAAAUAACUCAGCUGAAAUGGAAGCUCAGUUCCUUUAAUGA